AUGUCCACAUCAUCCCCGAACAAGCGCGUCGCAUCAUCAAAGAACCAACCGGAAGGGCUUCGAAACUCCCCAGGCGACUACAUAUCCUUCCGUGGAGUAAUGAUAACGGCAGAACGCAUAUCGUAUGCGCCAGACCUCAGUUCACCUACGGUCUUCCGCCUUCACCCUAGUGAUACUAUCACCGAUCAGAGGGGAGUAGAAUCCGAGUUUGGAACAUUGGGCGUCUUUAUGAUCGAUCCAACUGAAUUUGGCGACCAGCCGUACGGCAUAACAGCCGGUCAUGUCCUGGCAGGGGAUGACGACUUCUUCGUUACCUAUCGAGUUACUGGAGAGCAGAUCGAAGGGUCGCGAGUGGCCUUAAAAAGUCCGGAUCAAAAUGAUCCCCUGUCGGCAGAAGUCGGCAAAAUGAAACUGAAUAUGAAGGAUGCCGACAAAAUGUGUUCGGUCAUGCAUCGAACCACGAUGCAUCACUACCAGACCUUCAUCAACACAGACAAUCUCGAGGAGUCUCUUUUCAACUUCAACAACACACGACAUAAGGCAAUAGUGGAUGCCAUACACCGUGAACAAGGCAUCUUUGUGUACAAAGAUGGUGCUUCCAGCGGGUUCACCAUGGGUCGCCUAAGGAAACCGGAGUGGACACUCCCUUGGGAUACAAAAUCACGCACCAUCAACGACUACGACAUGGACGUAUCCUUUGAUUCAGUACUCGGUAAUACCUCUCUUUGA